AUGACCACUGUUGAAACCCGUGUUGUAAACCCCGUCAGUCGUGGGAGUGUUGACAAUGUCCGCGCCCACGCGACUGAAGCUGAGCUUGAUGCUGCCAUGAAUCAUGAGGAAGAGACUAGUAUUUUGGUGGAUGAGGAUGUCUGUAGUUCGGAAGGAGAAAUCGAGAACCACAUGUUGACUGUAGCUCUUGUGAACAGCGUUGUUGAAGCAUCUCCAGCAGAUCCAACUGGAAGAUAUGGCUUGAGGAAAAGAAGACGCCCUGGGGAUGUUACAAGUGCUGAACCGGUGAAUGAUCCCACUCGUCCAAACCAUGUCACUAGUGGCGCGGGUGGACAUGCACCAAGUGCAGUGCCGAGUAGUAAGGUUGGCAGCACGCAGCAUCUUAAUAAAACUCAUAGGACAGUCCCUGUAAAACAACAGGAGCUUCGAACGGUACCACCAACUCACAAUCCAUUAGCGGCGAAACAACGGCAGGAGCCGCUAAUAAUAAAGCAACCGAAUGCAAAGGAAGGGACGCAGAUAAAGGACCACCCGAUUCUGGGGAAGCUGUCGGCCAACUUUACUCACCUUGCUGGUUCAGGGAAGUCUCCCGUGCCCCUUUUGCCACCCGUGAAACCAGUAACUUCGGCGAAACAGAAACCAGUUGCUCCAAGAGCGAAAGUGGCAAAACUUUCGCAUCCAGGGCACCAGCCAUUGGUAAGACAGAACUUGGUACCAACAUCUGGAGCAGUGCCAAAUCCGCUCUCCCAUACCUCCGCUAGCACGGUAUCGGAGCCUCGCUCAUAUGCGCCAAAGAUUCCGAACCAUCCAGGAGCGAAGUCGAAAGCAGUACCAUGCCCGUUGCCAUCAUCGGUACCUUGUCCGCUUCCGUCGCCUUCAGUGGCCCCACCAGCAGCGGCGAGACCAGCUGCAGUGCCGUCUGUGGUUCCGUCUGCAGUUCCCUCUAGGGAGAAAAAGCGAGUGAUAAUAACUGAACCGACAGUCCCUCCCGCUAGAGCCAGAAUAUUUUCCGUAGAUUUGGAUCCCUCCACUUUCGACUUCUCUGAUAUGGCUGGUGAUCAUAAUGUCCACGAUCGUUCUGAUUCUGUGGACAUGCCUCCUCCAGACUCCACAGACUUCCCUGUGCUACAAAGGGACCGAGCAUUCUCGUUCGAUCUAUUUAACUUUACUCACGAUGAUCUUCUUUCAUCUGGAGGUCCUUCAAGUGAACUUUCACAUCCCGGAGCACCACAGCUCCUUGAUGACAUGGCUCCACUGCCACAUCCAAGACCAAGAGGUGAUUCUAUCAUAUUUGAUCCAGUCAGCUUUCAAGACGGUGGUAUUCAUGAGAAGAACGCUUUAGCAAAGGCGAGAGAAGCUGUUCCAUCAGCACCUCAUCGUCCUGUUCUUCCACCACCCACCAUGUCUUCUGAUCCAACAAGGGCAGGGAUGAACCCCCCAGGCACAGUGACGCCCAUUCCAGCAUAUAGCGGUGUUCCACGUGACCCCAUGGCGAGUCCAGGCCAGAUCGCAACGCUUCCAAGUAGCCUGAGCAACACAAGUCCGACAAAUGCCAAUGCAAGCCCCGCAACUUUCCAAAUGGAGUUGCUGAACAAAGAUGGGCGAAUUGGUAUUUACCUUCCAGAAGCUCGAAAGGCUCGCAUUGCUCGCUUCCAUGCGAAGCGAAAGAUGAGAAUCUGGAGAAAGAGAAUCAAGUAUGAUUGCAGAAAGAAGUUGGCUGAUAGCAGACCUCGUAUCAAGGGCCGCUUUGUGAAACGCUGUGAUAUGGAUGGGGACGAAUAG